AUGGGAAACAAUCCAUCCUCAAACCAGCAGAACAACAACAACACCCACUACCCACGCCCAUCCAACAACCCGCCCACAUCAGCACCACCCACACCAACCGGAACACACCACCACCACCCAGCCAGCAGCAUCGGACCAUCCCCACUCAACCCACACCACCAAGCAAACCCAACGACCACCUUCGUCGAUGGCGGAUAUCUCUUCCCGCUCUCCAACAUCUAUCCAUCAUCCACCCAGGACUGGCUCCAGCCAGUCGUACAGCAGCUCAUCCUCGACCGCCGCCUGGCACCCUUCUACCGCGGACUGGAGGACUGGGAGGACGACUGGGACCGCCAGAUGAUCGCCCAUGCACUCCAAUCCAUCACCCUCGCCAGGAGCACCGCCAUCAAACAGAUCCAGAAGAUCGACCGCCAGGAACCCCUCGAACAGCCUGCUGCCUCCUCCAAACAGCACUCCUCGGGCUCCAUCAGCAAGCGGUUCACCAAGAGCCUGCUCAUCGACCACCAAUCCUCCUCCUCUCUGCUCCAACACCAAUCUGACCAGCACUCCAACCCCCGCCAACAGAUCUUCGACGCCAUCCUCAACUCCCACAUCCGACCCACCGAGAUCGACCAAUACCUCGCCCAGACAGUCGAAUGUCCGAUCUGCUUCCUAUAUUACCCUCCAAAUAUUAACCUGUCCAGGUGCUGUCAGCAGCCGAUAUGCACGGAAUGUUUUACUCAGAUCAAGCGCACUGACCCGACCCCGCAGGAAAUCAAGAGCGAACCGGCCUGCUGUCCGUACUGCGUCGAGUCGAACUUCGGAGUGACCUAUGAGCCGCCGCCGCCGCACAAGCGCACCGACUGGAACUCGCCCGGCACAGCAGCAACGACGAGCGACAGCCUAGCGGUGCCGGUGCCGACGCCGGGCGUCGAAAGUCCGUCGACGACGACAACGACGGUUGCGUCCCAAUCGGCGCCGAGCCCGAGCGGGCUGAUGAUCGGCGGCAACUUGCAGGACGAGCCGGGCGAGAUGGGCACCAACGGGCCGGCAGCCGGCGCAGGGUCGAUGGGCUCGACGAAGAUGAAGCGCCGCCAGACGACCAGCCACACCAGCACGGAGGUGGUGACCACGGACGCGAUCCAGCCCGACUGGCAGGCCAAGCUCGAGGCCGUCAAGGCCGCCGUCCAGCGCCGGGCCAACCGGCGCAUCAUCUUCCGCCAAGAGGGCGACCGGCUGAUCCCCGUCGGGAUCACGUCUUCCAGAGACCCUAACGGCUCGGCCUUCCUUGCCGCCUUCGAACACGACCAUUCCUCCUCCCCCUCCUCCACGAUGACGAGACGCGGGCUCAGUGCGCUCAUCGGCGGCUCCUCCUCGGCCCACAGUCCAGCCACCCUGGGCGGAGGCUCCCCGGGCCACCAUCCGGGCACUAGACGGCACAGACCCGAGCCCUCGUCGGCCUCGAACUACGGCGUCGACCUCGAAGAGCUCAUGAUCAUGGAAGCCAUGCGGCUCAGUCUGGCCGAGGAGGAGGAGCGCAAACGCAAGGCCGCCGCCGCGGAGGCCUUCUCUUCCGCCCCCGACGCCAGCCCGGCUGAUGUCCAGCCGAGCACCAGUGGAGCAGGCGUCCCGAGCCCCACGCCUGCGCCGACUACCAGAGGCAGCCAGCGGGUCGCACCCGAGCCGCCCCUUCUCCACGGCUCGCCCUCCACCAGCCCCGCCAGCCAGAUGCUCUCCAGCUCGUCCACGCCAUCAGGCCCGGGCCCAUCCCAGCCCUCGUCCACCAACCCGUUCCUCGACCCCGCCCUGUGCCCCGGCUCCUCCUCCUCCGCUUUCCCCGCCCGGGCCUUCCCCGCCGCCGGCCCCACACCACCCACCCCCGAGCACUGCGCCGCCCCGACGCCCCCUCCUCACCCGUUGCUGCCCUCCCCGCGACUCUCCUCCCCGGCCACUUCCUCGGCCGCGCCCCCCGCCCUUCCGCCCGCUGAUCCGUACACUCGGCCCCCGCUUCCCGCUGCCGAUCACCCCGACCAUCCGUCGCCCUCGGCGUCCCCUAUCCCCACCCACCAGCCCUCCUAG